AUGAGCAACAAAUUCCUAGGCACCUGGAAACUUGUCUCCAGUGAGCAUUUUGAUGACUACAUGAAAGCUCUGGGUGUGGGGUUAGCCAACAGAAAACUGGGAAAUUUGGCCAAGCCCAAUGUGAUCAUCAGCAAGAAGGGGGACUACAUGACCAUAAGAACUGAAAGUGCCUUUAAAAAUACAGAGAUCUCCUUCAAGCUGGGCCAGGAGUUUGAAGAAACCACAGCUGACAACAGAAAAACCAAGAGCAUGGUGACGCUGGAGAGAGGAUCACUGAGACACGUGCAGAAAUGGGAUGGCAAAGAGACCACCAUAAAGAGAAAGUUGCUGGAUGGGAAGAUGGUAGUGGAAUGUAUGAUGAAGGGUGUGGUCUGCACCAGAAUUUAUGAGAAGGUCUGA